GGAAAAAAGGGGAUCGGCAGAGGUUGCAUGAUCACUACAUGUGUAAGUGGCGGGCGGUACUAAAAAUAAUGGUUACCGGGGCAGCGGGUCUUUAAAAUCUCUCGAGAUGCUGAUGCCGACUCUCAAGUUCUCGAGAUUUUAGUAUCAGCACUUGUUUGUAUGGCCGUCAUGAUUACCGGCACCCUCACUUUUGUCUGAUAUCAGUUCAGUCCGACAACUACUAGUACUUACCUGACCUACCUUACCUUAGGCCUGGCCACUCGUUUCCAAUGAAGCUCCUUCUUGCAGCCUUCACGGCCGCACUGACGAUCUCGCUUCCAGUGCAGGCAGCAAAAGAAGUUUUCGCCCACGUCAUUGUCGGCAACACGCCCGAUUUCGACCACUCGGACUGGGACAACGACAUCCGCCUGGCCCAGGAAUCCAAGAUCGACGGCUUCGUGCUCAACAUCGCGGCACAGGACCCCGACACCAACGCGCGCGCCCUCAAUUUCGCCUUCCAAGUAGCUAACAACCGUGGCUUCAAGCUUUUCUUUUCCUUCGACUACGCUGCCCAGGGUCCCUGGCCGCAGGACCAGGUCAGGGACCUCAUCACGACGUUCGCGGUCGAGCCGAGCUACUUCAAGCCCGACGGCACGCGGCCGCUCGUGUCCACCUUCGAGGGCCCCGCCAACGCAAACGACUGGCCGGCCAUCAAGCAGAACACCAGCGCCUUCUUCAUCCCGGACUGGUCGUCCCACGCCCCACAGGAUGCCGCCUCCCUCGCCGGUGGUGUCGUCGACGGCCUGUUCAGCUUCAGCGCGUGGCCGAACGGCGACACCAACAUCACCACGGACGCGGACCGGGAGUUCCAGCGCGUGCUCCAGCCGCAGGGCAAGGCCUACAUGAUGCCCGUCUCGCCCUGGUUCUUCACCAACCUGCCGGGCUACAACAAGAACUGGCUGUGGCGCGGCGACGGGCUGUGGGAUCUCCGCUGGAGCCAGGUCAUGCAGGUGCAGCCGGACUAUGUGGAAAUACUCACCUGGAACGAUAUCGGAGAAAGUCAUAAUAUCCGCACCGCGAAGGAGAAGGAGAUGGGGCUGUUUACCUCGGCGAACGCACCCAUCAACUAUGCCCGGGGGAUGUCGCACGACGGGUGGCGGAAGUUUCUCCCGUUCUAUAUUGACAUGUACAAGACGGGCCAGGUGCCGGCGGACUUUGCGGAGGGCGUCGUGGCGACUUACCGCACCGCGCCGGCGCUGGCAUGUCCGUCGGGGGGCACGUCGGGGAAUGAUGCGGGCCAUGGUCAGACCGAGGUGCCGCCCGAGACUCUGGUGGAAGACGCUGUGUUCUACUCGGUGCUGCUGAAGACUGACCAAGACGUGACCGUGACAGUGUCGAUCGGGGGCAAGGAGCAAACGGGUGUGCUUAGCGGGGCGCCGCCAGCCGGAGCUGGCACGCCGGGCGUGUAUACGGGGAGCGUGCCGUUUGGCGGCAACACUGGGGAUGUGGUGGUCAAGGUUGUCAGGGGCGGGCAGGAGGUUGCCACGGCCAAGGGCGGCAAGCCAAUCUCGACCCAGUGCGAGAACAAUGUUCAGAACUGGAACGCCGUCUCGGUCUAAUAUUCGCGUGUACAGUUAGUGUUAUAUAAUUUGUAGGCAUAGACUUUGUCCUAGUUUAAGCUCCGAUGUUGGCACCACACUGUGAUGCCGUUCCUUAAGCAAGUCAAGUAGGCCAUUGGAGGCAUCGUCCAUAACUCUGCCCGCUUAGGUCUUUGGAAAAGAGAAGGCUGAGCGG